CACACAAGCCUCUUCGUCUCUUCCAGAAAAAAAACAACUCCUUCGAGAGAUUUCGCGGGGCGCAGGUUCGUGAGGAGCUAGGGUUUGGGAGGGAGCAGCGGAGAAGAUGAUCGAGGUGGUGCUGAACGACAGGCUGGGGAAGAAGGUGCGGGUGAAGUGCAACGAGGACGACACCAUCGGCGACCUGAAGAAGCUCGUCGCGGCGCAGACGGGGACCAGGCCCGAGAAGAUCCGCAUCCAGAAGUGGUACACCAUCUACAAGGACCACAUCACCCUCGGCGACUACGAGAUCCACGACGGCAUGGGCCUCGAGCUCUACUACAACUAGAAGUAUGGCCGCAUUUGAGUCCCGUUGUCUUAAGAAGCUACUCCCUCCGUUCGGAAUUACUUGUCUCGGAUAUGGAUGUAUCUAGAACUAAAAUAUGUUUAGAUACAUCCAUUUCUACGACAAGUAAUUCCGAACGGAGGGAGUACGUACUACUGUAUAUGGAAUCCAACGAACCAUAGAAGACUGCUGGAUGUACCAAUGACUGCCGACCUGAAAUACUGAAUGCUACUUAUAAUUGUGAUGUGAUGUGACGCUACUCGUACACUACAUAUAACAUAAUGUUUGUGACCUUUGUGCGAUAA